AUGCCUCCUCCGCCUCCACCAGUACAAAAUGAACUAAAUAACAAUGACAUAAUCAAUCUGACCCAGAAGUUUAUGAAAAUGAAACCGCCAACGUUCUUGGGUGGGAUUGAACUAUUGAAAGCUGAGACAUGGUUACUCAAAGUGGAAAAACCAUAUAAAGUCUUUCCCUGCUCCGAGACUCAGAAGGAGAUCUUCUACGACAAGUAUUUCCCUCAAUGUUUUCUGGACCGAAAAGUUUCUGAAUUUCAAGAACUCAAGCAAGGCAAUAUGUCAAUCGCUAAAUAUGAAGCUAAGUUCACCGAAUUGGCCCAAUUUACUCCACACAUGGUGGAUACCGAUUAUAAAAAGGCACAAAAAUUUGAAGGAGGCUUGACUUUGGAAGUGUUUGACCGGAUUGGCGUCUUACCUACCUAUGUGGAAGUAUUAGACAGAGCUUUGAUGGCGGAAGCUACCUUAACAGCUAUGAAGCAAAGCAAGGCCCCAACAACAACAGAAUGGAGAGGUAAGAGGUCGAGGAACAAGUUUAGAAAGGGCAACACCUUUGGAAGUAAAAAGCAAAACACUGGAUCCUCCAAUAGCUCUAGUUAG